AUGGUUCCUGUGGUGGUGAGCAUCAGAAUAAUUCUUCUUCCUUCUCUAAACGUUCUGCUCUUGACAUCCGGAGUUCUUGGAGAAGACUGGAAUGUGAAUUAUGAAACUGAUUCAAUAUGUGCUCCUAAAGGAUCCACAACAAUAGACGUGUUUUCUCCAGCUCUUCAGGUAAAGGCACCACAGCUGGUGCUGGAGAAACAAACAGUCGGUCUGAUCUGUGAAACCACAUGCAGUCUGACAGACGCAUUCAUCUGGUACAAAAAUGGACAGACUUUAAAGAUCCACAGCAAAACACUCCAGCUUCAGUCAGAGCGCAGUGAUUCUGGCCGUUACAGCUGCGCCGUCAGAGGACAUGAACAUCUGCCCUCUCCUGCUGUCAGCAUCACUGUCGUGUAUCCUCCAAAGAGCGUCUCAGUGUCCAUAACUGGAUCUGGUGAAAUAGUGGAGGGAGAUUCAGUGACUCUGAUCUGCAGCAGUGAUUCAAAACCUCCUGCUCUGAACUUCAGCUGGUUUAAGGAGAAUCAAAGCUCAGCUGUUGGAUCUGGACAGAGUUUCAGCAUCUCCAGCUUUAACUCCAGUCACAGUGGACGCUACUAUUGUGAGGCUCAGAAUAAACAUGGAUCUCAGAGAUCAGAGUCUGUUUCAGUCUCUGUUAAAGUUGUAGGACGUUUGGUGAUAUUGUACAUAAUCAUUGGAGUGAUUUGUGGAGCUGCAGUUGGCAUCAUGAUUUUUCUAAUUUGGUAA